AUGAAAAGCCAACACGAUACCGCCAGCGAGAAUGAUGCUGGUGGACAUGACUAUUCAGCAGAUGAGAGGUGGGCUCGAAAGCCGUUGACACCGGCGCAAAUUCUCGUUCACGAUGUUCGACUCGAGAAUUGGCGACCAGACCGCGGUCCGCUUCUGGAGAUCAAUGAAAGGUCGCCAGCAUCCUUGGUUCCGGACGUAGCAUCUUUCACCCCGUCCGCGAGCUUCAUACGUAUUUCAGAGGCGACCAAGAACCCAAUCGAGCGGCAGAAAUAUCAAUUGCUUGAAGAAGAAUUCGGUUGGAUCCGUACUCUUCGUCUUCAGGCAUCUCAGUCUGAUGCUUGGGACACAAAUGUCUCGACGGCGAAAUCUCGAUGGAUUCACUGUUCUUCGAAAUUUCCCGAAUACAUCCAAGGCUUCCUAUGGGCGCUGUCUGACGAUCUUCAGGGCGUUGCUGAGUCCAUGCAGAUGCUCGAAAUAGCGAUUCAGCGAAACACACGCUUCUCGAGACAUGGAAAGUGGUUUGCGCCUUUCUCGCAGGUCCUGCAACCACGAGCGAAUAUCGAUGGCGGGAGUUUGUAUCCAAUACUGAUGUCUGUGCCAUUUCUGGAUUGGACGGUCAAGGGACCGACUCCACCGUUGCGUUUCAAUGUAGACAAGAGAGAGGGCUUUCACGUGGCAAGAUCGUCCUCUCAUGUCAUUCGUUCGGUAUUGCAGUACUUUUACCGGCUUGAAGAUACUCAUGAUCGGGAGAGCUCGCAAGUUCUCGCCAAUCAUAAGCCAUGGAGCUCGAAUCGCGAACUCGAUCUCAAAGUGCGUUCCUUCUACGGCAGUGACAGCUAUCCGGAACGCCUAAAUGUCGAUGAACUUUGGAUUCUCAUCGUCGAUGCCGAGCACAUCGUGACUUGGAGUUCGAACCAGACGUGGAAGAGUCGCUGGCCGCCGCAGCAGCUUACCUCGAGAAUUUCGGACGUUUCAUUCCGGGCAAUCCGCAAUCACUACUUUGCAACCGGCGACACAGACUAUACUGCUUUGGUCCAUGCCGUGACCUGUCUGAGCGGUGCGGUCGGACUCCUGCAUCGUAAUUUUUGGCCCGACAUAGUCCUGUGUCUGGCAGAUCGCUACGCAGGACGGCUCGGCCACUUACAAUAUUGCCUUCAUCGCAAUCCGAGCACGAAGCUCGUGAUGGACCUCAUAGCUUGCCAAGAGGAAUUGGGCAUCGUCAUUCACAUAACGGAGCAACAAAUCGACAUGAUCCGUGAACUCCGC